AAUGUGUUCCUCAUUCUUGUCAAACACGGCUCCGUCUGCGCUGCGCGCUUUUAAAGAGCAGGCAACUUGCACUGGGAAAUAUUGCGGAAUUUGGAGCAGAGCAAAGGAAAAAAAAUCUUUUCGGAGAAGGCAUUUGUACCUUUAAAAAGGAGUUAUAUAUCUGGUAACAUACGCAUGGAUAAGUAGAGAUAUUUGUUUUGGUACAAACCGGACAAGUCGAAUAGUAAUUUCAAGUUUCUCUUAGUACUGUUUUCCGUUAAGACUGCGAAGGUGUUCACAGCUGACUGGAAAAUUAAGGGAAUGACUUGUUGCGCUCAAAUCGCAUCAGUGUUGUAAUAUUUAGGAUUUAAGUAAUAUUUAAAGUAUGACUGUAAUCUGACGUUGGAAAAUCUAUAUAAAUAAAUAUGUAUAUAUAUAAAUAACAAUGUUAUUUGGUUUCAGAAGAUCUUUAAGUUGGAAACAGCAGCAAUAAGUGGGAAUAUCUGACUUGUUGCAGUUGAAGGGUUUAUAGUGACCAACUAAAGACUUAAAAUGGAAUAUCUACUACUACAGGCGUAGACCGACAGAUACCUGUAACUGAAAUGUGAAAUUUUUCCUAGUUUUACUUAUUACUGAUGGGAACUAAAAAUGAAACUAAUGGUGAAUGUGUCAUUAUAGCAAUCCGCUAAAAAAAAGAUAUAAAUAGUUUUUAAAAGCUCUGCAUACGAUGUCGGAGCGAGAGUGCUACGGUGACGAGUUGUGCGGGGAAGGAGUUCCUGAAUUCCACCCAGGGAGAGCGGCCAGGGCGGGCAGACGCAGCGGAGUCACCCUGCCGAUGGCGGAGCGCGCCAGCCCUGUCGCUCCGGACACCGAGGCGACUCUUAUGGAGGCGGUGAAGGCGGCUCCCCGUAGAAGCAGCAUCAUAAAGGACCCGACGGUACAGAAAGUGGGUGGCGGGAGGAAGAAGACAGUGUCAUUCAGUAGCAUGCCCUCUGAGAAGAAGGUGAGCAGCGCCAGCGACUGCUUGGCUUUCAUGCAGGGCGGCUGCGAGCUGAAGAAGGUGCGACCCAGCUCUCGCAUCUACUGCCGCUUCUACACGCUGGACCCGGAGCUCACCUGCUUGCGCUGGGAGCCCUCCAAGAAGGACGGGGACCGCGCCCGGCUGGACAUCACCGCGAUCCGCGAGGUGCGCACGGGCAAGAGCACCGACACGUUCCGCCACAACGGCCCCGCCGAGCAGCUGCCCGAGGAGGCCGCCUUCUCCAUCAUCUACGGCGACGAGUACCAGUCCCUCGACCUGGUGGCGCUCUCACCAGAUGUGGCUAACAUUUGGGUGACGGGUCUACGCUACCUGAUUUCCCACCCGACGUCCUGCUGCGAGGCCGACGAAGGCAGCCCCGGCAGCCGGACGCGCCGAGAUUGGCUGGCCUCCGAGUUCAGCAAGUGGGACGAGGACGGCUACGGGAUCAUCUCGGAAGAUGCAGCUGUAGCUGCCAUCUGCAGCCUCUACCCCGGCAUCAAAGAGGCUAAGGUCCAACUGAAAUUCAAGGAAAUCCAGCGAAGCAAGGAGAAGCUGACCUCCCACGUCACGCUGGAGGAGUUUCAGGAGGCUUACUGCGAGCUCUGCACCCGAGCCGAUGUCUAUUUCCUCCUGGUGCAGCUCUCCAAGGACCGCGAGUGCCUGGAUGGCCAGGACCUGCGGCUCUUCCUGGAGACGGAGCAGGGCCUUCCUCUAGCCACGGUUGAGGGCUGCCUGGACAUCGUGCGGCGCUUUGAGCCAUCCUCCCAGGGCAGGGAGAAGGGUUUGCUGGGCCUGGAUGGCUUCACCCGCUAUCUGCAGUCACCCGAGUGCUACCUGUUUGACCCUGAGCACCAGGAGGUGUGUCAGGACAUGACACUGCCGCUGUCCCACUACUACAUCAGUGCCUCCUACCGCUCCUACCUGCUGGAGGACCAGGUGCAUGGGCGUGCUGAGCUUGGGGGGCUCCUGCAGGCCCUGCAGGCUGGGUGCCGCUGCCUGGAGCUGGGCGUCAGGGAUGGCCCGGAUGACGAGCCUCUUCUGGGAAUGGAGCGCAACCCCCAGCACUCCCUACUCUCCCAGAUGCCCCCAAUCACCAUCCACAAUGCGCUGGAGGUGAUCAACAAGUACGCCUUCCUGACCUCGCCCUACCCGCUGCUACUGUACCUAUGCCAGAACUGCUCCCUGGCUCAGCAGCGUGUCCUGGCCCAACACCUGCGCACUGUCUUCGGGGCACGACUUUACACCCCUCUGUCGCCCAAUGGGCUGCUGGGGGUCCGGGGAGCCCAGUUGCCAUCUCCCGAGGAGCUAAAGGGCCGGGUGCUGCUGGUGGGCAAGAAGCUGCCCCAAGAAGAUCAGGCAUCUGAUGGGGAGGUGUCAGAGGAAGAGGAGGAGCUUGGAAUCGGGGGUCCACUGGCGGGCCGGCGAGUGACUCUCCCCGGGGAGGAGGACGCGGGGGUGGUGCUGGUGGUACCGCCUCCGUCACAGACCUGCCAGCUACGCCUGUGCCGGGAGCUGUCUGACUUGGUGGUAGUGGCUCGCGGUGGGAGCCGCAGCUUCUACAGCCACCGAGUGGCGCCACGGUCCCCCCCCAGCAGCCCCAGCACCCCCAGCAGCCCCAUGGCCCAGGUGAUGCCCCCGUGCUGGACCCUGUGCUCCCUGGGGGAGGGCGAGGCGGCCAGGCUGGCCAGCGAAUCCCUCGAGGAGCUGGUGAGCUUCACCAAGCGGUUCCUUACAAGGGUGCGGCCAAGUUCUGUGCGGCUGGACUCCGGCAACCCUAACCCCCAGGACUUCUGGAAGGGGGGGUGCCAGCUGGUGGCGCUGAACCAGCAGACCGCCGGCGCCAUGCUGGACCUGCAGCGGGCACGCUUCGCCCAGAACGGCAGCUGCGGUCUGGUGCUGCGGCCCGCCGUCAUGCGCGAGGCCGUCUCCUACUUCAGCGCUGACACGCAGGGCUGCGUGCCGGGGGUGCCGCCCCAGACCCUGCGGGUCAAGGUGAUCAGCGCCCACGGGCUGCCCAAGCCACAGGGGGCCGGUGCCAAGGGCCAGGUCAUCGACCCCUACGUGGUGCUGGAACUGCACGGCGUACCGGCCGACUGCGCAGAGCAGCGCACACGCACCGCCGCCCAGAACCAGGACGACCCGCUCUUUGACGAGACUUUCGAAUUCCAGGUGAACCUUCCGGAACUGGCCCUCCUGCGCUUCGUGGUGCUGGACGAUGACUACAUCGGUGAUGACUUCAUCGGCCAGUACAGUGUGGCCUUCGAGUGCCUGCAGCCUGGCUACCGCACCGUGCCCCUGCUGGGGCUGCUGGGAGAGCCGCUGGCCCACGCCAGCCUCUUCGUACAUGUGGCCAUCACCAACCGGCGGGGCGGGGGCAAGGCCCAGCGGAGGGGGCUGUCUGUGCGGAGAGGGGCGAGGCGCGGCCGCGAGUAUGUCACCCUGCGCAGUACCGGCAUCAAGGUGUUGGAUGACACCUUCCGCUCGGUGAGCACCCCCUUGAGGGAGGCCGCGGACCUGCGGGAAGACGCCCAGAAUGCAACAGUCAAUUUCAAAGAGCAGUGUGGACUCCCCCCGGUGGCCAAUUUGAAGCAGUGCAUCCAAAGCCUGGCCCCACGGCUGCAGACUGUGGAGGGCCCCCCCGCCGCUUGCUUGGUCCUGAAGGAUGGCUGUCCAUGCCUGGAGCCGGUGGGCAGCCUGCCGGACGCCACACGCAAGCUGCUCAGCGCCUACGAUGCGAUGGUGCUGGCACACAGACAAGUGACUGAGAACGCAGACUCCAUUCAGGAAAGAAUUGCCCAGGUGCAGAAGGAUGGGAUGGAGUUUCAUGAGGACCUGCCCAGGCUGGGGGAGAAGGAGGGGCUGAAGGGGCGCAAGCAGAGCAAAGCGGUGGAGAGCUUCGCCUGGAACAUCACCGUGCUGAAGGGCCAGUGCGACCUGCUGCGCAGUGCCAAGGUGGACGCCCUGGAUGCCCUGAGGCAGCUGGCGCUGGCCUGCGAGGCAUGUGGGCUGGCGGCCACCUCUAAGCUGCAGUCCGGCUCAACUCAGCUCGACAACAACCACGCCAACCCCCGUCGGGGCAGUGCCCAGGGUAACGGGCGUAUCUGAGCCCCACCGGGGCAGUGCCCAGGGUAACGGGCGUAUCUGAGCCCCACCGGGGCAGUGCCCAGGGUAACGGGCGUAUCUGAGCCCCACUGGGGCAGUGCCCAGGGUAACGGGCAUGUCUGAGCCCUGCUGGGACAGAGAGGGACAGAUAAAACACCUGAACGAAAACAGGCAUUACAAAGGGAACUUUGAGGCGGCAGGCAGUGCUUUAAAGCUACGGCCAGAGAAGGACAGAUUUCUGUUAAAACCUUAUGUGAUUAAACUUGUGGUCCAAUCUUUCCAUUGUUGUUGUUUUUUAGCAAAUUCUAGCAGGGGCUGUUGUUUAACCUGUAUACAUAAAGGCGAACCACAUAACCACAUGUAGGCGACACAGUCACGUAAGUGUCAGUUUUCGUGUGUGUUGGUUGGUUCUGAUCCCAGUGAGCACAUUAUGUUCUGUCAACACUGAUGUCACAUUCCAGGAUUCUGUUGCUCUCCAAAGGUAUCACAUUUGAAUGCGAUGUGAGAGAUUGGACACCCCGUCAUGUCUUUUUCCAGCUAGAACCAACGUUCUGUGCCGAGUCAUGAUGGGUCAGUUGUAUACAUUCUUGACUAUAAAACUGCUACUUUGCCCCAAUGAACAGAAUUCAAGAGAAUUUGCUUGACUUCCUCAUACACAUGAAGGUUCCAAAUGAUGUUUUGUCUUUCUAUGUGUAAUAUAGAAUGUGUUAUAUCUCUGUGUUCAUUGGCAGGAAGGGAUAGCAGCCUAAGAUGUUCUUUACCUCACUCAUAUCUCAGUGUUUGCUGUAGCCAAUUUAGUAACCAGAUUCCACCUGGGGAGGUACAGGCUUGUGGUUAAAUUUGGAUGUUCUGUCAAGCAUCUUAGAUCUCAAGGUGAAGGAAUUCUGGAUGUAGACUGAUUUUGAAUGUAUGUUUUUAUGAAUUACAGCAAUGCUCAGAGCUGCUUAAUCAAUGCUUGUCAGCUGAACUGCCUGUAUACAAUGUAUCAAAGCAGGACUGGAGCAACACAAUGUCAGUACUGUGUUAUAUUAUUGGUUGUCUAAUUGCUUGGGCAAAAUGAAAGGUGAUCUGGUUUGAUGACUGAAUGAAUACUUCAGAAUUUCAGGCAGAGAGAAAUAUGGGGGGCUUAGUGGGUAGACUGUAGCCUCGCACAGGGCUGUGGAUUUGACUCUGCUGUCUGGCAGAUUGUGUGUGCAGUUUGCUUGAUUGUUUUGUGGAUUUCCCCAGGAAUCUCUUGUUUCUUAUUGAAAGACAUGCAGUUUAGAUGAACUGGUAUUUGCUCAGUCGCCCACGGUGUAAGUGUAUGUCUUGAGGUGGACUGUCAUUCUGUUCCUCAACCCGAUCCUCUGGGACCCCCGGACAGUCCAUGUUUUUGCUCCCUCCUUGUAAAAAUGUGAACUGUCUGGCAGGAAACUAGGAGGGAUCAAAAAAUAUGGACUGUCUGGGGGUCCCCGAGAAACACUGUUCUAAGGUGUUCCGCUGCCUUGUUCACUGUGCUUCCUGGGAUAAGAUCCAGGUUCACUGUAUACUGGACACAUAGUUAUAGAAGAUGAGUGGGUGGAUGGAGAGAGGAUGAAGCAUAUAACACAUGAUAAUCCAUAACAGUUUGAUCCACCAGGACAGAGGCUGUCUGCCACCAAGUUAAUACAUCAAGUUCUCCAACUAGAAAAAAAUCUUCAUAGCAUAUAAUUAAAUUAUUAGGAGAACUUACUUCAGUUCAUGAACUUUAUGACAAUGGAAUAUUUCUUUGCUACAACAAUACACUAUAACUUUAAUUAUCAUGUGAUGGAGAUUUGGAGCCGCUUUAAAUUUUGAGUUAAAAGAAACCACAGCAGUGUUUUCACUGUAUACAGAUGUUUAUUUCUGAAAUGUUAGUGAUCCUAAAGUUGUAGAAAUGUCCCCUUUCGAAUGGAUCUGUUGAUCACUGGAUGUCCGUAUGUUUCUGCUGUUAUUUUCAUACUCUGUUACAAGCAGGGAUGUUCGGCUGUAAGUCUGAGUGUUGACUAACACGCGGUGGUCUUGAUUUGGCUCCCAUGUUAAUCUAGUCGAAAUCCUGAAAGUAAUGUGACCUCAAAUACUUGAUGCAUCCACAGCAACAAUCACACAUAUUGACCCAAAUGUAAGAUAUAGUAAAACAACAAUUAAAACAAAGCCAAACUAAAUCUAUAACUAAAACUGUCUCACUGACUGCUGCUAUUAAUAUUUAACCAAUAUUUUACCAUGGCUGCACACCUUCACAUGUCUUUCUUUGUCUUGUCACACUUUUUCAGCUUUGUGUUUCUCUCCUAUCUCUCCAGUUCCCUGGGUCUGUGUGCAGCUUUGCUCUGACUUGAAUGUAACAGGAUUUUCCUGUUUCUGUCAUGAUGUGUCGUGGUUCUUAGUGUGUUACAGAUGCACAUACAGGGAGAGGUUAAUUGGCACUGCCUCAGACGCUGUCUUGCAUAGCUUAGGCAAUGAUUGAAUGUAUGGAUAUUUGAAUCCACAAUUCUAAGAUCACAACAGAGCCCUCAAUAAGUCGUUCGAGAUUAAAUAAAACAGAAAACCUCUUGGAAAAAAGAUAGGUAGAUUAUUCAGCCCUUAAUAAUGCUAAACCACGGAUUACCUUACUUUCACACAUUUAACAGACAGAUGUUUUGUGAAUGCAGUAUUCCUUAUGUAUCCUAAAGGAAACAAUUAUAAAUGAAUGAGAUUAGCUAACAAAAAUGGCCAGUGAAGUUGUUUAAGAAGGUGUCAAUCGUACCAAUUAUGCUGCCUACCUUCUGCUAUAGGCACUAAAUAUUUUCAGACAGUCCUUAGUUGUGCACUUUAAACAGAAGAUAAUAUAUGAACAAGCUCUUACUGUCAGUCAACAGAGUUCAUUAGUGUUACAUUUGAAUAUUGAAUGUGAUUGGAUACUAUUAUUAGUCCACAAGUCUCAAUAAAACUUUGCUUUCUUUUAUGUGUAUUCUGCUUUUAAAUAUGCACAUCCACCCGUUAUUUUCCUGUUUUUCUGACUUGUUUUUUGAUUAUUUAAUUUUACUCUCUUGUAAUGUCAUUGUAAAAAGUAGCUUAUUUAUUGAAAAUGAUAGCAAUGUUUUAGAAAAAAAAAUACAGUAACAUUUGCUUUUAUUUUCAAAAGCCAGUUUGUAUUCUAUUUGAUUAACGAACGUAACAGUUGUGUCCUGGAUUAAGAAGAGUUAUCUUUUA